AUGCUCGUCAUCGACAUUGGUGGGAUCACUACAGACGUUGGGAUGCUACUGCCCGAUGGGCUUCCGCGCCAAGCCGCGGCAACCACGGAUGUAGCCGGUAUACGGAUGAACUUCUCUUGUCCGGAUGUCAAGAGCAUGGGUCUCGGCGGUGGUUCAAUCGUGCGCAAAGACGGGAGGUUGACCAUCGGGCCGGACUCCGCCGGCCUUGAAAUUCAGACCAAGGCUUUCGUCUUUGGCGACAGUACCCCGACAGCCACCGACUACGUCGUUGCCGAAUCGGCUGCGAGUCUUCAGACUGGAAACGCCGACAGGGUACCCGCCGAUGUACGUGAGCGUGUGGACGACUUCUCGAGCAUGCCACGCGAUACGACGCGGAAGACAAAGGCGGAGGAUAUCGAUGUGUUGCUCGUCGGCGGUGGUGCAGUUCUAGUCGAAGACGGAACCAAGCUUAGAGGAGCGAGCAAGGUCAUCAAGCCCACGUAUUCUGGCGUUGCGAAUGCCAUAGGCGCAGCUAUAGCGCGCGUGUCGGGUACAGUCGAUACUGUUCGGCCUACAGCUGAGAAGACUACACAGCAGGUGCUCGAAGAGGUUUCGCAGCUUGCCACCGAGCGUGCAUUCGAGAACGGGGCGCUGCGCGACACGAUCAAGCUCGCUGGAGUCGAUGUGAUUCCUAUCCAAUAUGUGGCUAACAAGGCACGCUUCGUCGUCAAGGCCAUAGGCGACUUCGACUUUCCGGGACCGCUACCUGCCGCUCUUGACGACCCCGAGUUCAACACUAAGCUCUACGAGCCCGUCGAUAAACGGUCCACGUCACAUACCCCGCUGGUGCCAACGUUGUCUCAGCUUGAGUCCUAUCAGCCCUUUGUCACUCCCAAUCGGGAAUGGUUGCUGUCUGAACGCGAUCUGGAGUGGAUCUCCACAGGCUGUUACAUCUUAGGCUCGGGUGGCGGCGGUUCUCCCUAUGGGGAGUUUUCAAUGUCGACGACAUCAAGGACAGAGGACAGUGCAGCAUUGCAUCGGGGUGUGGGAUGGGCAGCCCCCGCAGUAGUGAUCGAGAAGCUUGCAGGCAACCAGAUGAUGGAAUCGCAGUGCGCGGUCUGGGAUGCCAUAGGCUCGCAGCCGGACGCGGUGAUUACACUUGAAAUAGGCGGCAUGAAUGGCUUGCAAGCUUUCCUGCUCGGUGCGUCCGCGAACAUGAACGUACCGGUCGUCGAUGGUGACUUCAUGGGACGUGCAUACCCAACGGCCUGGCAAGUGACACCUGUAGUACUAGGUAGCGACCAGGCGCACGCGCUCCUGGACGCACUUGCCGACGGCAAUAGCAAUGUGGUCGUCGUGAGCCGUGCAACAUCCGAGCGCAUGGUGGAGCGCGCGUUCCGUGCCAUCCUCGCAGAGAUGGGCUCCUCCGUAGGCUUCGCGAAGGGCGCUUUCUCCGGCGCGGAUACCAGAGCCUUGUCCGUGAAGCAUACCGUCUCUCUAGCUUGGCGCAUCGGACGUGCUGUAGCUCUGUGUCGAGCGCGUAGCGACUUUGAUGCUGUCGCGAAUGUCAUUGUCGACGCCGUUGGAGCCGUUGGAGGGCCUACAACGGCACGGGUUUUGUUCAGGGGCAAGAUCGUCAGCGUCGAACGCAAGAACGUCAAAGGUCACCUAUACGGCGAAGUGGCCGUCGUGGACUCCGACGCCGGCAGGCUGACCAUAACAUUCAAAAACGAGAACCCCAUCGCCACGCGCGUGCAACCUGACGACACAGAGGAGGUGCUUGCAUCUGUCCCCGACCUCUUUUGCGUAUGCGAUGCCGCGAGUGGCGAAGCGCUCGGCACCUCCAACUAUCGUUAUGGUCUCCACGUCUUUGUACUCGGCAUCACAGGCUCGGAAAAGUGGACGUCCACGCCGCGUGGUAUUGAAAUCGGUGGUCCGCGCGCCUUCGGGUUUGACCUAGAGUACAAGCCGCUCGGCGUGUUCGUGCCACCGAGGAGUGUAAUCGACGAGUAUGGCUCUACGUGA